AUGAAGGAUUCCGAUGUCGUUAGCAUUGACACCGAUGACGAUGAUGACGACGAUGCUGGCAUAAUAAGCAUCGCUAACGACUGCUACAGUAGGGACGACGACGCCCUCACUGGUGAAGACGACGUUCUUUUAGCAGUGCACACGAAGUGCACUGUUGUUGACAAGGAUGAAACAGCAGAGGAAUUUCUGCUGACUCGCGAAGCUGUUGUCCGCUUCGCUUAA